UUGCCAACCUCUGUAAAAAGCCAAGAAGAAGAAAUUGCUGUUACAGUGAGCGAGCUAGUCGAAAAGAAAACACAAUUUGGAAGUAAAGAAGACCUUUUUUGGAAUUAGUUGUGGCUUUAAUUGAAAAAAGAUAAACGAAAGCCCAGACCCUAGCUCCCUUUGUGACAGACGGAAUGUGGACAGUGUCGUAGUUGGAGCCAUGGCUGACAAGAGAAAAUUACAAGGUGAAAUUGAUAGAUGUUUGAAAAAGGUAGCUGAAGGUGUAGAACAGUUUGAAGAUAUUUGGCAAAAGCUCCACAAUGCAGCCAAUGCAAAUCAGAAGGAGAAAUAUGAGGCUGAUCUCAAAAAAGAGAUUAAAAAAUUACAGCGAUUGAGAGAUCAAAUAAAGACGUGGGUUGCUUCUAAUGAGAUCAAAGACAAAAGGCAACUAAUUGAGAAUCGCAAACUUAUCGAAACGCAAAUGGAGCGGUUCAAGGUGGUGGAGCGUGAAACAAAAACGAAGGCCUACUCUAAAGAAGGUUUGGGGUUGGCACAGAAAGUUGAUCCAGCUCAAAGGGAAAAAGAAGAAACGGGACAGUGGUUAACAAGUACAAUAGACACUCUAAAUAUGCAGGUGGAUCAGUUUGAAAGUGAGGUUGAGUCUCUUUCAGUGCAAACGAGAAAGAAGAAGGGUGAUAAGGAGAAGCAAGAUCGUAUUGAUGAGCUCAAACGGUUGAUUGAGAGACAUAGGUUUCAUAUUCGUAUGUUGGAGACCAUUUUACGAAUGCUGGAUAAUGACUCUGUGCCAGUAGAUGCAAUCCAAAAGAUCAAGGAUGAUGUUGAGUACUACAUUGAUUCCUCUCAAGACCCAGACUUUGAAGAGAAUGAGUUCCUGUAUGAUGACUUAGACCUGGAAGACAUCCCUGCAGCAUUAGUUGCCACAUCACCAUCAGGUCAGGGUAACAUGGAAGAUGAGAUGUAUCUUCACUCGAGCAGCACUCCCACUUCCACCACCUCUUCUUCACCUAUUCCCCCAUCUCCAGCUACAUGCACUGCUGAGAACUCGGAAGACGAUAAGAAAAGGGGACGGUCGGCAGACAGUGAAGUUAGACAGUCACCGGUGAAGAACGGCACCCCAUCCUUGCUAUCUUCCUUCUCUUCUUCAACCGCCUCGGGGUCAUCCUCAUCUUCCUCCUUAGUGUCCAUGGCAAGUGUUGUUGGAGGCAUUCCUGUAGUUCCUACGAGCAGCAGUCUUAUAGGAAGCUUCAGCAGCGCAGUGCAGCAACACCAACAUCAACCUCCACAACAGCAACAACAACCUCAGUCAGCAAAUCAAUCACAGCAGCAGCAGCCACCUCAAACAAAGUCUUCUGUCCCCUCUAACAACACCCCCAGUCCACCCAGCAACUCCCUUCUCCCAGCUUCCACUGCACCUUCUCUUCAAACAACCAGCACACCCAGCUCAUCGGCUUCCAACUCUCAGUCUCAGUCCACACCGGGACCCACCCCACCGUCCAAUUUGGGACUUGGGUUGGGGCUGGGAUUGAACAAAGGUGGCUUGACAGGAACCAGCAGUGCCAACCAAAUGUCUGGUUUAGGCCUGGGCGGCCACUCCACUCCUUUAAACACAAUGGCAGGGCUCAUUUCAGGGUCCACACCUGCUCCUUACGCUCAGGCUGCAGCAUCAGGAGGCCUGGGUUUGAGCAGUACCACCCAGUCAAGCAUUUCAGUGGAGAACAACACUAUCAUCCCCACCUCUGGCUCCAGUGGAGUCACCACCAAUGGCGCAGCAACAGGGCUGGGUUUGCUGGGUUCAAGCCCAGCUCACAGCUCUCUUAGUGGGAGCAUACUGAGUCUGGUUCCUGGGCAAAAUGUAGCCUCUGGUGCUUCUCAGGUGCCCCCAAGUUCUGUCAGCUCUGCCAUUGGAGGGGUAGUUAGCAUGAUGGGAAACAACGGAGGGAAUGUCGGUAUCGUUGGAGGAGUAGGGGUGAAUGCUGCUCCUGCUAGACCACCAAGUGGACUUAAGCAAAAUGGAAGCACAAGUUAUAGUGCUGUAGUGGCAGAGAGUUCCACAGACUCAGUUCUAAGCACACCAAGCCAGUCACAAAGCAGCCAACCAUCAUCUCUUAGUUCUUCAACCAGCCAGCCGAUGGACAAUGGGCCCAGUUUAAUCAGCUCCAUCACCCUGCCUCCCAGUUCUCCGUCCCCAUCAUUUUCGGACAGCACACCCGUAGGAGGGAGUCUUCUCAACGGGCCCCACUCCUACACACAGGCCUCCGAGGGCCUCAAGGCUCCUGAGCCUCUGAGCUCUCUGAAGGCGAUGGCUGAGAGGGCAGCACUGGGAUCAGGCCUGGAUGGAGAGCUUCCCAGCCUGCACCUAACAGACAGAGGUGGGAAUGAUAUUUCUUCUGGGUCAUCUGCAGCCCCGGGCACACCUGCUGCCCCCCAGCCGUCUGUGUCAGAAGUCAGCAUUCCCCCCUCACUAGGUGUUUGUCCGCUGGGUCCAACUCCUCUCCCAAAGGACCAGCUCCACCAGCAGGCCAUGCAGGAGGCUGCGUGGACUCACAUGCCACACCCCUCUGACUCUGAGAGGAUCAGACAAUACCUGAUGAGGAAUCCGUGUCCCACACUACCCUUCCAUCAUCAGGUCCCACCGCAUCACUCUGACUCCAGAGAGUUUUACCAGAGACUGUCCACAGAAACUCUCUUUUUCAUCUUCUACUACCUAGAGGGCACAAAGGCUCAGUAUCUAUCUGCGAAAGCUCUGAAGAAACAAUCCUGGAGGUUUCACACAAAGUAUAUGAUGUGGUUCCAGAGGCACGAGGAGCCCAAAACCAUCACUGACGAGGGCACUUACAUUUACUUUGACUAUGAGAAAUGGGGCCAGAGGAAGAAGGAGGGGUUCACCUUCGAGUACAGGUACCUUGAAGACAGAGACCUGCAGUGACGGACCGAGAAAAGCGCAAGGACAGAGACAUAAUGUGCUGCUGUUGACAUUCCGAGACUGAACUCCAAACUGUGGAUAGAGAUUGAUGUGUAGUAGAAACCCUCUCCUAAAAUGGAGACUGGCGUCUGUAUAGGCUGCAUCUCACGUGAAGCCCCCUUGCUCCUCAGUAGCACA